GGAUGCUCCAUGCCAUAGUAAGAUGUCAGAUAGUUUCUUCAUUUUACUUCUAAGAAUACUUUAGUAUUAAGUCCUUUGGAACUCUUUCUCCAUGUAAGAUGCCGAUGCGUCGCAGAGGACGAGUGAAGGACGGGCGUAUCGCUCAUCACAACGAGGAGCUUCGCAAGGAGCUACUGUCCGACCCAGAGUCUACUACGGGGAUGACACCUAAAAUAUUUACGCUUACAAAAAUAUCUUCAAAAAGUCAGGUUGCUGGGAGUCCGUCCAACAAAUCUGAAUGGAGGACCAGGAACUGGCUAACAGACAGACUUUUGACCCAGGCGCUUGCUGAUGAAACAAGUGAUGGAGUCAAUGAAAUGGUUCGGUCUAUGUUGGAAAAGGAGAAUCACUUCAGGGAGAAAAUGGAUGAACACCUGAGGCAGGCGGACCACAUCGCCCUGCGACAGAAGGAGAUUCAGCAUAAGGAGUGGACCCAUCGGGUUUCAAAACCGUUACAGAAAACCAUCGAGAAUUACAUCGAUAGUCAGUCAAGUGAGGACAUCGAGAAGAGAAGGCGAAAUCUCCACGAACAGUACUUGAAAUACUGCAAUAAAAAGGGUCGCGCGUUUAUGGGAGAUUAUGAUCCCUCGGAGUAUGACCCUUUUAGCCACCAGCUUGACAAGAGCUAUCUGAAGGUGACCACCCCGCCGUUUUCAGAUCCCCUUCUGUACCCGUUUCAGAAGAGAAUAGAAGAGGAGAGGGUUGUGCUCCGCUGUGAGACAGGCAGACUGUAUUCUGCUAAAGAGAUAAAUGAGCUAAAAUUGCCAAAGAUUCCGUUCGAUCGGAGGAAGGUGAACAGCGCCGAGUGGCUGAAGGCUCCGGUAAGCUACAUCGAGAGUGACGUCCGGCAGAAAAGCAGGCAGAAAAUGAGAGGAACCCAUCUGAAAUCCAACAUAGACUGGAAGACCGAGCUGUAAAUGAACAUUUGUUUUUUCCUAAUCUAAAUCUAAUAAACGUUAUAGACUAA